AUGCCCUUCAAACUCGAGAUCCCAAUCUUUACCACCGACGUGGAAGAAGACGAUGUCCGUUCUUUUGAACAAAUGAGUUUCAAAGAGCUACUGAAGCUCUGCAAAAACUUCAAUUCUGCCGAAUGUCGCCGGAUCCGGCUGGAACUAAACGCCGUUGGUUCGUAUGGAGACGGUGGAUUGACUCCUGACAUCAAAGAUGCGAUUCGGUUCCUUACUCAUUUGCGAAAAUCAGAGAUCCUCGCGGAAGACCAACAACCGGCCAUACGAAUCAUGAUCCGGCCCCGAGGUGCAAAAAACGACGACAAAUCCGUCUCUCCAAUGAUAGAAGUUCAGGAUUUUCAGUACUCUGAAGCCGAGCUGCUCGCAAUGUGCCAGAGUAUUGAAGACUUCAAGACAAUGGGUCGAGAUGUCCUCAGCCCGGAACGCGGCGACGGGUUCGUUUUCGGGGUGCAGAAACGAUUAGACGGUCCCUUAAACGAGCUGAUGCUUCAUCCUAAGGCCAACAAAAGGCUGACCUUCACGGCCCAUCCUUAUCCCUGUUACCUGCACCGCGCCUUUGACGGCGUGCUCGCGACUUCGCAGAACUACCCGGGCACAAAGAUCCCGAUUGGACGCCUUGUCGAGAAGAUGAAAGGGCAUGGCUUCAAAGGGGUGUUGACGUCCGGAGGAUGGGGAAAUGCGACUAACAACCUGGAAACACUCGGGGAACUUGGGAGGGCGGCGCUGAAGGAAAAGGAAGAAGACAAGUUUGAGUUGAUAGUUGGUGGCGGCGUACGGUAUGGCAACGUGUGGGACAUAUGCUAUGCGAUGAAGGAGCUGGCGCAGCACCGGGAUUUUUGGCUUCACUCUUCGUGCUUGACUGGCGAGGCCUCCCCUUAUACGGAAGCAUGGACUAUGUUGAUGAGAUUGAACGCUGCAGAAGAAGCUGCAAAAAAUUGGACAGCGGCCUCUUGGGCGUACUAGCAGGAGAGUGGGAUUGGAG